AUGCGACUGCCUCAGUCAGCUAACAUCGAUACAGGUGAAACACAACCUAUACAACCGACAAGAUCACGUGGAUGUAUUCGAAGUAAAUUGACGUGGGUAAUAUUCACUAUUGUGAUAAUAGCGGGCAUUACUAUUCCGACAGCUAUUAUUCUGACGAAAAAGGAAAACGUUGUUGAAACAAAUUUAACAACAAUAAAGAGGACAACAGGAAAAGGGUCAACAACAUUGAUGUUAACAACAACAACAAAAAUCCCAUCAACAAAAAUCACAGAAUCAUCAACAACAACAAAAAUCCCAUCAACAACAACAACAGCAGAACAAGGAUCAACAACAACAGAAGCAGGUCUUAUCUCACUCGAUAGUACUGGUGGAGUUGUCUAUGGCAUAUAUCAGACGAGUAUAGGUCAGAAUAGUCAAGAAUUAAAACCCGGUUGCAUUGUUGGUACUUAUCCUGAAGGCGAAUCGCCAGCCAAAGCAUGCGACGGUGAUACUUCCACAAAGUACUUAACCUUUGGAGAGUGUAAUGAGGGUGAAACUAACAUUAAAUGUGGUUUGAAUACUGGCUUUUAUCUGGAGUUGGAGCGAGGUGCAUCAUUAGUUACAGGAUUGCAAAUCUGCACAGGUGGAGAUUCUCCAUCACGCGAUCCACUUACAGUAUCAUUGGAAGGAAGUCUUAAAACUAUAACAACAUUAUUACAAUAUAUUGAUUCAGAUCAAUUCCCAGUUGAAUAUGGAGAAAAUUGUCAAUCAUAUUUACAUGCUUCACAUUGUAUUUUAGUAUAUGAUUGGAGUAAAGAAAAUAUUAAUGAAAAAUCUAUUGUAAAAAAUUAA